AUUAAGUACAAGGACUUUGUGCCAUUUUUUUAAGUGAAUAUUCAUUAGAUGAAUCAAAAUUGAUGGUGCGGACGUGCUGAAGACCAUGACCACAACCCCACCCAGCCAUGGGGUGGAAGUUCAUUCCAGUCUAUAGGGCCGUUUCUAUCAUUCCCUUCUUCUCAGUGUACUGAUCCAUAUAUCUGAAAAAGCAGUCAAUAUGGGAGCCGCCAACUCAAGUCGGAAAGAUUCCUUUGAUGCUCAGGGUGAAGUUAACUUCGACCAUUUUCAAAUUCUCCGAGCUAUUGGAAAAGGAAGUUUUGGAAAGGUUUGUAUUGUGCAGAAAAAGGACAGCAAGAAGAUGUAUGCAAUGAAGUAUAUGAACAAGUCAAUGUGUAUAAAGAAAGACGCUGUAAGGAAUGUGUUCCGUGAGGUGGAGAUAUUAAUGGCACUGGACCACCCAUUCCUUGUUAAUCUGUGGUUCACGUUUCAGGAUGAGGAGGACAUGUUUGUUGUGGUGGAUUUAUUAUUAGGAGGUGACCUUCGUUACCAUAUACAACAAGAAGUACACUUUGACGAGUCACAUGUGAAAUUGUAUAUCUGUGAGUUAGCUCUAGCUCUGGAUUAUCUACAGACAUACAACAUCAUCCACAGAGACAUUAAGCCAGACAAUAUCCUCCUUGAUGAAGAAGGUCAUGUCCACAUAACAGACUUCAACAUUGCUACAGUCCUGAGUGAUGGACAGCUUGCCACCUCUAUGUCAGGCACCACUCCUUAUAUGGCUCCAGAGGUGUUUGCCUGUGCACUGGAUGAAUGUGCAGGCUACAGUUUUGCUGUAGAUUGGUGGUCACUUGGCAUCUGUGCCUAUGAAAUGCUGAAAGGAAGGAGGCCAUAUGAGAUCCACAACAGUACCUCUAUACAUGAAGUCAAACAGAUGUUCACUAGUUUCAAAAUUCACUUCAACUCAAUAUGGACUGACGGACUCAAGGAUAUACUCAAACAGUUAUUGUACCUUGAUCCUAACAAAAGAGUAUCCAGUCUGGAGAUGUUAAAGAAACACAUGUAUGUGUGUGAUGUGGAUUUCUCCAAAGUGCUCACGCGUGACAUCAAGCCCUCUUUUGUGCCUUCAAAAGACCAUCUUAACUGUGAUCCUACAUAUGAACUUGAGGAGAUGAUUAUUGAGUCCAAACCCCUUCACAAGAAAAAGAAGAGAUUGGCCAAACAGAAUUCGAGACGCAGUGAAAGUGGCUGUUCUACGGAAGGAGAUUUAUCACAAGACGGAGAGGAAGAAAUCUACAAAUACUUCCCAAUAUACAACCGGGAAAGAGAUAUAAUGAAUAUAAUGAAACUGAAUAUAGGAGAGGAUACAUCUAAGGUCAAGAUCAACAGUUGUUUUGACUGUCAAGGGGAGAGUGUCAAAAUGGAUCACCUAACACGCAUCACAUCGCCUCUUCAGGACAGCCUGGUCGAGGAGGAAGAAGGUAACAUUACAGACGAGGACAGUGGACCUCCACCCUCGCUCAUAAACUACGGUCUGUCGCCAAGGAAUAGUGAUGGAUUUGGUUGUAGCUUUGUGUCUUCAAAUCUCCCUGCCACCGACAAGAGAGAGGUGUAUCGAGGUGUUAGAGCACGCUCACUAGAUUAUUAUCAUGGGCCUGUGCCUAGGCGAGAUAUGGGGCGCAAGUUCUCCCACCAACCCACUUCUUCUAGCUGACAA